UGCCGUUUUAAUGAGAAAUGGUCAGGAGAUCGAUGUCCCUCAAAAUAUGACGGACAUGGAUGAACAUGAGAGAAAAAUUGUUAAUGAAUUUUGUCACCUUCUUGAAAAAUCCAAACAACUUUUCAAUGGGCUAAGAGAUCUCCCACAGUAUGGCCAUAAGCAGUGGCAGGCAUAUUUUGGUAGAACUUUUGACAUCUACACAAAGCUAUGGAAGUUCCAGCAGCAGCAUCGGCAAAUACUAGAUUCAAAGUAUGGUUUGAAAAGGUGGCAGAUUGGAGAGAUUGCCUCAAAAAUUGGACAACUCUACUAUCAUUAUUACCUGCGGACAAGUGAGACCAAUUAUCUCAAUGAAGCCUUCAGUUUUUAUGCAGCAAUUCGGGGUCGAGCAUACUACAGUCGGACAAACAAAGAUGACCGGGGCUCUGACUUGAUGGUGAAGAAACUCCGCUAUUAUGCUCGAUUCAUUGUGGUGUGCCUCUUGCUGAAGAGAAUGAAACUUGUCCGUGAUCUUGUCAGGGAGUUGAGUCACCAAAUAGAAGAGUAUGCCAGCACCUAUGCACCUGAAGACCAGCUGGAGUGGUCCUUGGUUCUGGGAGAGAUCCGCUCCUUCAUAGAUGCUGAUAAUGCAAUAAAUGUGCUUGACAUGGACUCCAACACUAUUGUGCUCUCACACAGGUUGAGCUCCCACAGCACUCCACCGCUAGAGAAGCCUCCUCCUCUCACUCUCAAUGUACAGGAAAUCCUCAUAGUGGGCAACUGCAAUGACCAGGUAAAGUUCAGUGAGCUUACAAUCGACAUGUUCCGAAUGUUGCAAACUCUGGAGCGCGAGUCACUAGAGGAUGUGGCUCAGCUCUAUGAUGCACCCCCUGCACCUGGCAAGAUUCCCUACAACGGUGACGCGUCAACACGCCUGAACAAGCGCGAGAACCCCCACAAGUACCUGCUGUACAAGCCCACGUUCUCGCAGCUUUUAGUGUUCCUGUCGUCAGGCUUCAAGGAGCUGCCCGCCAACGGCGUCAUGCUCCUCUACAUCUCUGCUGAUGGAGCCUUCGCCAACACCAAGCAUCCUCAGGACGGUGGCUUUGACUAUGGUGGUGUGGUGACGAACAGCAAACGCGACUCGGAGCAUCACCAUCACCGUGGCGUGAUGCUACGAGAUCUUCAUUGCUUCUUCCCUGGCGACCUGAACUCAUUCACCCGCAAGCCGCUGUUCGUGCUGGUCGACUCCGACAACAGCAGCGUCUUCGGCAACCUUGCUCCCAUGUUCGGCCAGCCGCUCGUAGUGCUAAUGUCACCACAGGACUCGCCCCAUCAUUUCCAUGAAGAGCACCAGCGGGGCAAUCUGUUCACUCUGUUCCUACACUGCCCCCUGAUGGGGCUGUGCCUGGUGAGCUCCGUGUGUGACGUCCCUAUGUUGCUCUGGGAGAAAUGUCAGGCCCUCGUCGACCGCUUCAUUGCUGAGGCGUCUAGGCUUGUAAAAAGACCAAGAGAAUGAAAGCAAGCAGAGAUCAAUCCUGCUUAUAUCCAGUUCUUCAGUGACGACUUCUUGAGGUUGCUUACAUUGCGAUUCAUUUUCUGCGCCACCGUCCUGAGAGCUCACCGAGCGUUCAAGGGAGGCAGCCAGUACCCGCGCUGCUCCCCUAGCCUGCCUGAAGGAGAGGUUCUGGGCCACCCGGCGCUGCACUCCCUCGUGCUGGAGAUCGCCACAGGGCUCGAGGUCGCGCAUCUCUUCAACGACGCCCACGUCGACAACAGCAACACGAGCGCCCCUCAGCGCCACGACUGACGCUGCUGACCGUCUCUUAAACCCCCUGCUUUUUACAACAACAACUGGUGCCUCAUUUUAGC